UACCUGCGUGCGUGUGUGUGGGUAAAGCUAACACACACACCAUAGCCUUCUCUCUCACUCUACCUCUAUAUACAUACGCGCCUCUGACUUGUGGCCAUUAGCUCAUUACGGACCAAAAACGCAUUAGCUUCCUCUCUCUCAAGCGCAGCUCGGAGCUCUCUCGUCGGCCAGGCUUCGAUCCUCCGCCUUUUCUCCGGCCGGCAAAGGCCGAUGGCGGCGUCGUCGUCGACGACCAACACGUCGGAAGGCGGCGGGAAGCCAGCGUCCUUGUGCCCGAGAGGCCACUGGCGGCCGGGGGAGGACGAGAAGCUGCGCCAGCUCGUGGAGAAGUACGGCCCCCAGAACUGGAACUCCAUAGCCGAGAAGCUCGAGGGCAGAUCAGGCAAGAGCUGCCGUCUCCGGUGGUUCAACCAGCUUGACCCGCGGAUCAACAAGCGGCCGUUCACGGAGGAAGAGGAGGAGCGUCUGCUAGCGGCGCACCGAGUCCACGGCAACAAGUGGGCUCUCAUCGCCCGCCAUUUUCCUGGCCGCACUGACAACGCCGUCAAGAAUCACUGGCACGUCGUCAGGGCCCGCCGCAGCCGUGAGCGCUGCAGGCUCCUCGCGAAGGCCGCCUCGUCCACCUUCCCGUCCUACUACAGCGGCGGCGCCCAGCUCGACUUUGCCGGCGCGUCGGCCGGCUCCUUCUGCUUUGGCUUCUCCAAGCCUAGUGGUGGCGGUUUCUUCGGCUCACCGCCGGCUGCGGCGGCAGUGGCGCCUUCUUCUACUCCAGUACUGUUCAAUGGCUACGGCGCUUCAGGAAACCAGAGCUUGCUGUCAAGGUACAGUAGCUACCUGGACGGCGGCAAGCAACCGGCGGCGCCGUCUUCUCACUCCAUCGCCUUCUCCUCCCCACCUUCAAGAGAAGCACUAGCGUUGGAUGGCCGUGGCGGCCCUGACCAUCAGCACAGGAAGGAUUACCAUGUCGACGGCGAUGAACCACUGAAAACGAAGGAUGCGCCACCGUUCAUCGACUUCCUCGGCGUCGGCGUGUCCUCGUGAACCAUGGCAAUGGAACGAUCGAUCGCAGGAAGCAGCCGGCUGCAGCCUCCAUCAACUUGUCGAUCGAUCUGUGUUGUUAGAGCAUUGCAUCGCCGUUAAUUGGUAAUUAACUGGCUAGAUAGGCGCAUGCAUGCACUGUUUAUGGCAGAGAUCAAGGAGGGCCUUAAUUAGAACUGUGAUGAUCAUGUGUAAUGUGUUGAACUGUUGAACAUGAUCAUGUGUUGAACUGUUGAUCGAUCAAAUAAGGUUUGUGGCA